AUGGCAUCACGAAACACCCAAACUGUCGACGCGGCCGGCCACGGGGCUUUCCAUCCUAACCCUCCUCGCGAGACACCCAAGACCGAGAAAUGGCAUAAACCUGGAGCCAAGGUGUCUGCACAUGACCAGGCUCCUGAAUUCCAUGCGCAAACUCUCCCACCUGGUACUGCACCGGCUAGUAGCUCCUAUCUCCCGAAUCCCAUCAAUGAAACCCCGAGCCAGGCCAACAACGACAGCACUCUCCGUGGUCAUGGGAAAGAGAGUGUAUACACCAAUCCCCUCGACUCAUACCCAGGUGCUACUUCUGCCGACGUUGACAAAGGUUUCGGCAAGCCUAUGGACGGCCAAACUAGUAAUGAGCUACGUCAUAAUGGUGAGCAUCAUCGCAAGCAUCACGGUUCCGGAUAUGAGGGUGUAGGCGGGACUGGUCAUGGCCAGAGAGGUCUUGAGCGUGAUUGGACUCACGGCGGACAACGAGGUGAUAAGGGUGCGCCGGCUGCAGAGGAUAUGCUUCCUGAAAGUGCGGAGACUAUUGCCCGGGAGCACGAAUGA